AUGUCCGACGCUCCCUCCCAGCCCAUUGCGCCCAUCCCGCGCACCACCCGCCCCAUGAGCGAAGCUCUCCUCAACGAGAAGUGGGACCGCUGCCUCUCCUCGAUGCUCAUCCGCUCCGGUCUUGGUCUGUCCUUCGGUAUCGUCUUCUCGGUUCUCCUCUUCAAGCGCCGCGCGUGGCCCGCGACAGUCGGUCUUGGAUUCGGUGCUGGACGUGCAUGGGAGGAAUGCGACAACUCCUUCAAGCGCGCAGCCUCGCCUGCCAAGGACGGUCUCCGCGUUGUCAGGCCGUAA